AUGAAUUCACCAACAGUCAGACGUCGAGGACGUAGAAGCGCAGAUCUCCUGGCUGCGGUACGCCAGCAUUCUGCAACAAUGUUUGGGCGAUGUGCACAGAAUCAUGCAUGUCCACCCCCCGCCACGACCAAAGAGCAGCGCAGAUGGACUAUAUGGCAUGAAGAAGAAGACAAUUCUGACAUUGAUUCUGUUAUGGGGAGUGUAACCGAUAUGGACCUUGAUGAUGAAAGAGAUCCGUCUUUCCCCUACCCUGACGGACCGGGACACUCGGCGGCAUCCCCCCAAGCCAUUAGGAUUAUUUGGCGCACAAUGCGCAAAGCUCGCCAAUUACCACUUUCAUGCGACUUGUCAGAUGUGGAGAGUAUCCGCCACUUACUCCCGAGCUAUGCAAUCAAGAUGAUGUACAACAAGCCUUUGCAAACCAUGUUGAUCAUCUUGCAAGAAUUCACCGAGAGACAGAACACUGGCCUCAAGGAGAAAUUGCCGCUUGCGACAAGAGGAGAAGGCAAGCCUCUCGCCUUGCAAGUCGAUGAUGAGACAGACAAUGAAUUCCCCGCUCGGCCGACACCUCGUCGGGGAUCAAGCAAGACUGCAAUGCGAGCUAAAGUUCUCCGACUUCCCUCGUGCAGUGCGCAAGUCGAACGCAUUAUGAUAGGUCUAGAUCGACUCCGAGCCCGACGACUUGAAUAUGCUGUCCAAAGACCCGGCAAUCCGCCUCCACGGGUGCGAAGACGUCUGGCACAACCUGAUGACAGUUUGAGACCUCACAAAGCAGGUCUCUCCGUGGUGUUUUACGACAAAUCCUGGUUGUUAUCACUAUCUACCUUUCAACUGCAAGCAUUAGCAAGUGACAUACAAGCAUUUCCGCUUGAUGCAUUCCUUCAGAUAAUUGAAAACUUGCACAUUAGGUACAUUGCAUAUGUGAUCCCAAGAUCAUUUUAA